AUGCCUCCAACUCUCUAUAUCAUUCGCCAUGCACAAGGUGAACAUAAUGACUCUCAUCAUAUCAGAGAUGCACUUUUGACCGAUACUGGGAAAUUCCAAUGUCAAGAGCUCCAAGAAAAGUUUCCAUUUCUUCAAGAUGUUGAGGUUAUCCUGGCAUCUCCGCUCCGACGUACUAUUCAGACGGCUGCCUACACAUUUGCACCUGAACUAGAGAAGCGACAACUACCAAUGAUCUUGGUUCCAAAUGCCCAGGAGAUCAGCAGUUUGGCCUGUGACGUUGGCCACGAUGCCAAGAUUACAAAAUCAGAAGCUCCAAACCUAAUCAAAGACGCCGCCCCCUCAUGGAAUGCUAUGAAUCUUGACGCGACAUUGGUUAAUGAAUCAUGGAACUCAAAGUUUGAAGCGUAUAUUAAAUGUACUGUGCAGAAAGGGAUUUAUGAAUCCAGUCUUCCAGCUGUCAAACAACGAGCUGCUGAGAUGCGUAACUGGAUUUACAGCCGUCCAGAGAAGCAUGUUGCACUUGUGACUCACGGGGGCUUCUUGCAUUAUUUUACUGAGGAUUGGAGAGGUUACGUGAGACGGAAAGGUACUGGCUACUUAAAUUGUGAAUAUCGUAAAUUGGAGUUCACUGAAGAUUCUAACGAGAAUGAGUCACAUCUUCGAGAAUGUGGUAGCAUUUUGGAGAAAGAAGCUAGGCCAGUCGGCCUUGAUGCUCAUGUUAUUCACGAAAUUGGCGCAGUUGAAGGGUUUAAAUAA